UCCCCGUGAUUUGCUAUAUACUAAGCCCAGCGCGCUGUGAAGUUUGUAGUAGUUAAAAGAAACUUGAGUGGAGACACGAAGAGCGAGAGAAGAGGUGGCGCGGGGAGAGAAAGCUGCAGCAGCAACUUUUUAACUUAAGAGCUUGGUUUGCAUUACUGUCAACAUCCAUUAAAACCAUGUGGGUGAUCAGGUUUGUAGCCCUUUGCUUCUUAGCUGCACCAGCAACAUCUGAGGAUAAAAAGCUAAGUAAGCAUGCCACCACCUUAGCUGAUAACAGUGCCAGCUUGGCUUUCAGCCUGUAUCACAAUAUGGCUAAAGACAAGAAUGUUGACAACAUCCUCAUUUCCCCUGUGGUGGUCGCCUCUUCUCUCGGUGUUGUCUCUCUCGGUGGCCAGGCUUCCACUGCUUCCCAGGCCAAGGGCCUUCUUAAUGCAGAUAAGUUACAGGAUGGCCUCCUUCAUGCUGGUUUGUCUGAACUCCUCACAGAGGUCAGCAACUCUACUGCCCGCAAUGUAACCUGGAAGAUGGGAAACCGAUUGUAUGGGCCAAGUUCUGUCAACUUUGUAGAAGAUUUUGUGAAAAACAGCAAGAAACACUACAGUUUUCAGCAUUCAAAGAUCAACUUUCGGGAUAAAAAGGGUGCUUUGAAAUCCAUCAAUGAGUGGGCCUCAGUGACUACAGAUGGCAAACUUCCAGAAAUCACUCGGGAUGUAGAGAAGUCUGAUGGAGCCAUGAUUGUCAAUGCCAUGUUUUUCAAACCUCACUGGGAUGAAAGGUUCCAUCAUAAAAUGGUAGAUGACCGUUCUUUUAUGGUAACCCGUUCCUUUACUGUGGCAGUUCCAAUGAUGCACCGAACAGGCUUCUACAACUUUUAUGAUGACGAUGCCAAUAAGGUUCAAGUUCUAGAAAUGCCUUUGGCACACAAAUUGUCUAGUAUGAUCUUUGCUAUGCCUUAUCAUGUGGAACCUCUGGAAAGAAUUGAGAAGCAAUUAACAAGAGAGCUGCUUAAUACAUGGACCAGCAAAAUGCAAAAGAGAGCAAUAGCUGUAUCCUUGCCCAAGAUCACUUUGGAAGUCAGCCAUCAAUUGCAGAAAAAUUUGGCAGAACUUGGUUUGUCUGAAGCAGUGGACAAGAGCAAGGCUGACCUGUCCAAGAUGUCUGGAAAAAAAGACCUUUAUCUAGCGAAUAUGUUCCAUGCAGCUGCACUGGAAUGGGAUACAGAAGGGAACCCAUUUGAUGCCAGCAUCUAUGACCGUGAAGAACUGAGAAGUCCAAAACUCUUCUAUGUUGAUCACCCAUUUUUCUUUAUUAUCAAAGACAAUAAAACAAACGCUGUCCUUUUCAUUGGUAGGCUAGUUAAACCAAAAGGAGAUAAAAUACGUGAUGAGUUGUAGUUCUAUUUUAAUUUCUUUGUUUUCUUACGAAGAACAAAAUUAUAAAUAUUACUUUUUUUCUGUUGAAAUGUGGUGUAAAUUUACCUCAGAGUGUCACCAAGACCUUCCUGUGGAGGGUUAUGGUUCCCCAGAGUGGCAGUGUUACAAAACGAAUUUGUCACAGUUUUUACAGGCAGUAUUUUGAUCUAAAAUAGUAUUAUGUCUGUUCUAGUGUUAUCUAUCAUGGCAAUGCCAUGAAUGCACUGACUGUUUCAUUUCAAGUGAUCUUAUCUGUGACAUUUUAUCUUUGAUAAAAUGGUUUAACUGUGCUUUAUCAUCAGUCUGGAAUUCAUCAAGUCUGGGCUAGUAUCAGUGAAAUUUGGACCAAAGGCUGGCAAGAGCGUUGCAUGCAUAGUCUACAGCUUGCUUACUCCUGUUUUCCAGAGUUUAGUUUAUUUACUAAUUUCUUAUUUUGAAAUCUGUGUGAGGGGUAAGUUUUUGUACCAUCAUUUUGUUUGAUUGCUUAGAAAAAGUAUACCAAAGGUUAACACUGACUAUCCAGGAAAAGUCUGUUGUAGUGUUGCAAGCUUGUUUAAGGAAAUUAUCUUUAAGCUGGUAAUGUGUAUUUUAAAUGUGGGGAAGUUACUUUCCAAUUGAGAGUGCAAAAUGGGGCAGCAAUGUUGUUUCUUUGAUUAUGCAGUACAGUGUGUGCACUGAAAAUGUUCAUUAUUAUGCACCAUUAGGAUUGUGGUCCAAACUAACUGAUUUUUAUGACUCCAUGUGUAUGGAUGUGUUAUUGCGUGUGCAAGUGCUGGCUGAUCUGUUUUGCAAUAAAAUGCAUACAGCAAAAAAGGAAUAAAA